AUGGCUUCCGCUUCGGAUCAUGAGCUUCAUGAUUAUUUCCCCGAAAGAUCAGAUAAUGUUCUCGAUCCUCAAUCUCAAUACAUGUCGUAUCACCACAAUGAUGUCGAAAGAGCGACAUCAUCAAGCAGCGAUGACUCUCUAGAUCCAGAUAGCACAUUGGAGCCUGUUCUAACCAACGAAACUGCUCGAGAAAGACAAUUCGAAUCAAUAAGGGCAGGAGACCGAGAACAAUUAGAGAAAAUAGCUUCAGGUUUCGGGGGUUCUCAACUAGGAAGAACUUUUACUAAUGCUACAGCUGGAGCACAUGAAUUGGAGAAAAAAGAUACCCUGUAUGGGGUUAAGUUGGGGGAUUCAACGUUGGACCCCAACUCUCCAGAUUUUGACGCAUAUAAAUGGGCUAAAAUGAUGAUGAGGCUGACUGAUGAGAAUGAAGUCAUUCAAAGACGUGCUGGAAUUGUGUUCAAGAAUCUAAAAGUGUGUGGUUCCGGAUCAGCAAUCAAUGUGCAAAAGAAUGUCGCCUCUCUGUUGAUGGCGCCUUUACGAUUCAGAGAAUUUGUCGGAAAAGGUCCGGAGAAGACUAUCCUCAAUGAUUUCAAUGGUGUUUUGAAAUCAGGAGAGAUGUUGAUUGUUCUCGGAAGACCCGGUUCCGGUUGUUCCACGUUUCUUAAAUCUUUAAUGGGGGAACUUUACGGAUUGGACAUGAAAUCACAAUCGGAAGUUCACUAUAAUGGUAUCACACAGAAGCAAAUGCUCAAACAAUUUCGAGGUGAAAUUGUAUACAAUCAAGAAGUUGAUAAGCAUUUCCCUCAUUUGACUGUUGGAGAGACUUUGGAAUUCGCUGCGAGUGUACGAACGCCUCAACAAAGACUUGUUGAGGGAACAACUCGUUCAGCUUGGGCAAAGCAUAUGACUAAGGUCGUUAUGGCUAUUUAUGGAUUAUCUCAUACGUACAACACCAAAGUCGGUAAUGAUUUUGUACGAGGUGUAUCUGGAGGUGAGAGGAAACGUGUUAGUAUUGCUGAGAUGGCCUUGGCUGGUUCACCAAUUGCUUCAUGGGACAAUGCUACACGUGGUUUGGAUGCUGCAACUGCUCUGGAGUUUACAAAAUCAUUGCGAAUGACUGCCAAUCUGUCUGGCUCGUGUCAUUUAGUUGCCAUUUAUCAAGCUAGUCAACAGAUUUAUGAUCAAUUUGAUAAAGCUAUUGUGCUUUAUGAAGGUCGUCAGAUCUAUUAUGGUCCUUGUGACCAAGCGAAGCAGUAUUUCGUGGAUAUGGGUUGGGAGUGCCCAAACCGUCAAACCACUGGUGACUUUUUGACUUCGAUCACAAACCCCACGGAACGAAAAGUAAGACCCGGCUAUGAGAAAAAGGUUCCUAGAACUCCCGAAGAAUUUGAGAAAUACUUCAAAGAUUCGAAGAUCUUUCAAAGAGUGAUGAGCGAAAUCAAAUCACACGAAGAGGAAUUUCCUAUGGGCGGCAAAACAUUGGAACAAUUCAAAGCAAGUCGAAAGGGUAUGCAAGCAAACCAUUUACGGCCAGAGUCACCAUAUACAGUCAGCGUUAUCAUGCAGACAAAACUUUGUGCAAAGCGAGCAGUUCAACGCUUAUGGAACGACAAAACAUCAACCGUUACCACAAUUGUAGGACAGAUUGUUAUGGCUUUGAUCAUCGGAUCUAUCUUUUACGACACCCCGGAUAAUACAGCAAGCUUUUUUCAAAAAGGAGGUGUACUUUUCUUCGCGGUAUUGCUCAAUGCCCUCAUCGCCAUUUCGGAAAUUAACACUCUCUACUCUCAACGACCGAUCGUAGAGAAACAAGCAUCUUACGCAUUUUAUCAUCCUUUCACUGAAGCUUUGGCUGGUGUUGUCGUUGAUAUACCGGUAAAAUUCGCUAUCGCCACGGGUUUCAACGUUAUUUUAUACUUUCUCUCUGGUCUGAAAAGGGAAGCAGGUGCAUUCUUUGUCUUUUUCCUCUUUAAUUUUGUUGCAAUUCUCACGAUGAGUCAAAUAUACCGCAGUAUUGCAGCAGCAACGAAAACUAUAUCCCAAGCAUUAGCCAUAGCUGGUGUGACCACACUUGCGAUUGUCAUUUAUACCGGUUUCGUCAUUCCUAGACCACUUAUGCAUCCUUGGUUCAAAUGGAUUUCAUGGAUCAAUCCAGUUUCAUAUGUAUUUGAAGCUUUAUUCGUCAAUGAACUACACGGAAAAGAGUUUGUUUGUUCGACCUUAGUACCAACAGGUCCCGGCUAUGUUCAAACUGGCUCCAACUUUAUUUGCGCUGUUGCAGGCUCUGUUGUUGGCUCGAAUACUGUCAGUGGUGAUGAUUAUUUGCAAGCACAAUUUCAAUACUCUUACUCCCACAUCUGGCGUAAUUUGGGAUUUUUGUUUGUGUUCAUGAUUUUCUUUUUAGCUUUUUACCUCCUUGCAACAGAGUUCAAUGCAUCCACAGACAGUAAAGCCGAAGUCUUAGUCUUCCGUCGUGGACAUGUCCCAACGAACUUAUUGGCCGCCGAGAAAGCUGCAAAGAACGACGAAGAAGCACAUGUCGGAAAUGGUUCUGCUGUCAAGGAAGGCAACUCAGACAAACAAGGAGAAGAAGUUCAAGCAUUGCCCCCCCAAACGGACGUAUUCACAUGGAAAGAUGUUUGUUACGACAUUAAGAUCAAGAAUGAACCUCGCAGACUUCUUGAUAACGUGUCUGGAUGGGUCAAGCCUGGUACUCUGACUGCCUUGAUGGGUGUUUCUGGUGCAGGAAAAACAACUUUACUUGAUGUUCUUGCCCAAAGAGUCUCUAUGGGUGUAAUCACAGGUGAUAUGUUGGUUAGCGGCAAACCCCUCGACGCAUCCUUUCAACGAAAGACCGGAUACGUUCAACAACAAGAUUUACAUCUUGAAACUACAACUGUUAGAGAAGCCCUUCGAUUUUCCGCUAUGCUACGUCAACCAAAAUCUGUUUCCAAGAAAGAAAAGUAUGAUUUCGUGGAAGAUGUUAUCAAGAUGUUAAACAUGGAGGAGUUCUCGGAAGCAGUGGUUGGUGUUCCAGGCGAGGGGUUGAAUGUGGAACAACGAAAGUUAUUGACUAUUGGUGUCGAAUUGGCUGCCAAACCUGCACUCUUACUCUUCUUGGAUGAACCUACUUCUGGUCUUGAUUCGCAAUCUUCAUGGGCAAUUGUUUCGUUUUUGAGAAAGUUGGCCGAUAAUGGUCAGGCGGUCUUGGCUACUAUACAUCAACCUAGUGCUAUUCUAUUUCAAGAAUUCGACCGAUUGUUAUUUUUAGCAAAAGGUGGAAGAACUGUCUAUUUUGGAGACAUCGGUCAUAACUCGGAGACUUUACUCAAAUAUUUUGAAUCUCAUGGUGCUGCCAAAUGUGGUGAGGAUGAGAACCCAGCAGAAUAUAUGCUGACAAUGGUUGGCGCUGGUGCACAAGGAAAAUCUACUCAAGAUUGGCAUCAAGUAUGGAAAGAAAGUGAUGAAGCCAAAGGUAUUCAAAGAGAAAUCUCACGCAUUCAACAAGAAAUGGGCCAUCAGUCAUCUCAAGAUGAUAGUAAUUCCCACGGCGAAUUCGCCAUGCCAUUCGCUAUUCAACUUCUUGAGGUUACGAAGCGUGUCUUUCAACAAUACUGGCGUACCCCGAGCUAUAUAUACUCCAAAAUUCUUCUUGGUGUGGCAUCUGCUCUCUUUAUUGGAUUUUCAUUCUUCCACGCCGAUGCAUCUCAACAAGGUCUUCAAGAUGUUAUCUUCUCCAUCUUCAUGAUAACAACUAUCUUUACCACCCUCGUACAACAAAUCAUGCCUAGAUUCAUUCUACAAAGAGAUCUUUAUGAGGUUCGAGAAAGACCAUCAAAAGCAUACAGCUGGAAAGCUUUCAUCAUCGCUAAUAUCGUUGUCGAAAUUCCAUAUCAAAUUCUCCUUGGUAUCAUGGUAUUUGCGUCCUACUUUUAUCCAAUCUAUACCAACAGUGGUAUGCCAUCAUCAGAUCGUCAAGGACUUAUUCUCCUCCUUCUUAUCCAAUUCUUCGUCUUUGCUAGCACAUUCGCACAUAUGCUUAUUUCCGCUCUUCCGGAUGCUGAAACUGCUGGUAAUAUCGCAACAUUGAUGUUCUCACUUACCCUUACCUUUAAUGGAGUCUUUCAACCCCCACAAGCUCUUCCUGGAUUCUGGAUCUUUAUGUAUCGUGUUUCGCCUUUAACUUAUCUCGUUUCAGCUAUCGCAUCUACUGGCCUCUCCGGUCGUCAAGUAAUCUGUUCCGAUAAUGAACUCGCAGUCAUGCAACCACCCGCUGGCGAUACUUGUGGUAGCUACCUCCAAUCAUAUGCCACAGCAGCUGGAGGCUCCAUCUAUAACCCCGAAGCUACAGCAGAUUGUCAAUACUGUUCCUCAUCCAAUGCAGAUCAAUUCCUCUCAUCGGUAGCGAUUAGCUAUACUACUCGAUGGAGAGACUAUGGUAUCGUUUUCUCAUACAUUUUUUUUAAUAUUUUCAUGGCGGUUUUGUUAUACUAUUUGAUUAGAGUUAGAAAGAGUAGUGGAAAGAGCUUCAAGGAAAAGUUGGGGGCUUUGGGUGCACUUUUUAAGAAGAAUUAA